GUUCCUGAUAAGAUGUGUCAUCAACUGUAUAUAAGAGCUGGUGUUUCUCUGGUUCAGGACGACUGAAGCUACAGACGCUGAGAAGGAAGAAGAGAAGAUCGUUCUGCAGCAGGUAAUCAUCAUCUUCAACAUCUGCAUCAUCUCCACCAUGAAGACGCUGACUCUGUCUGCACUUCUUUGUGCCAUGAUGGCUCUGACCAGAGCUGCUGCUCUUCCAGACGCAGAGGCUGGAAACUGGAUCGACUCGUUCACUCCAACAGGAGAGAGUCAUGUUGUCAUAAAUUCCACGUCUUGUCCCGAGGGUUGGACUGCUUUCAACAGUCGCUGUUUCCUCUACGUUCCACGAUCCCUGAGUUGGGCUGUGGCUGAGAGAAACUGUAUGUCCAUGGGUGGACACCUUGCAUCUGUACACAACAUCGAGGAGUACCGUGAGAUUCAGACGAUGAUCUUGAGCGCCACUCAUUAUCAAAGAGAAGCAUGGAUCGGAGGGUCUGAUGCACAACAGAACCAAUGUUGGUUCUGGAGUGACGGUACUCUUUAUGACUUCACCAACUGGUGUCCUGGAGAGCAAUGA